AAAUGGAUGUCUUCUAUCGAUUGGUAGCGGUAUCGCCGUGAAAGGUCCCAUAUAUGGGGUAUAUGGCAGCGAUAAUAGCCUUUAUAAUUAUUGGGCGGCCCAAAAUGUAGCCAGUGAUGCUUGGAUAGGCGUCACUGUGCCAGAUACCCCUAUGUAUGCGCCAACGCCACUCCUUUUAAACCUGUCACCAAAGCAAACCCUCAUAUAUCUCCUGAGGUUGAAGCGUUUCAAAACAAGAGAAUUCUAUCAAAAAUUAGUACAAGAAACAUGAUUACCAUUGUAUUCCUAUCUAUACACAUACUGAACGAAAACCUACCGCCAUCAUGAAGCUCUCGCAAAGCCAACUUCUCGCCGCCAGUCUCUGGCUUCCUUUCGCUCUCGGGGCCAUCCGAACUGAUCUUCAACGAAGAAACGUCGAAGUUGCAGAGAUUGAUAAGAACGCCCACAUCGAUCACGAAAACCAGGAGAUCGUGUUUAAAGAGGGCGCUGAUUUCGAGGACGUCUUCCGAUGCACCAGAAGUAGUGGGAAGCGCCUUACAUUCACCGCGGAUAACGCUAUCGCGGCUUGCUGCCUCCCAGGCCAGAGACUGCUUGGAAGCCUGGACACCGCAUUCGACUGCUGUGCCCCAGGCCACAGCUUAACUGGGGCGGAUAGAACUGGUUACAGGUGUUGUCCAAAUGGGCAGUUCUUCGACGGCAUCAGGUGUGGCGGGGUCUGCAAGAAUGGAAGGACCAUGGUUGACGGGCAGUGCGUCUGCCCGCCAGGAACAACAUCAACCGUCGACGGCAGUUGCAAAGCGCUAACAGGGUGUGACUCGGGAAUCACCACCGCAUGCUACCUCUUCAAGAUGGAAAACGGGCACACCUUCGGCUACGACAGCGGGCAGCUCUACUACAGCGCAGCGGACCACUCGAACCAACACCGGCCGGGCAAGUUCAAGCUGUGCAAGAACGAGCGGUGCACGGCGGGCAGCAGCGUGGACCCGCACGACCCGAUCCGGAUCAAGGACGUGCAGGGGACGAUCACGCAAAGCUCGGAGACGCAGGGCAACCGGUGGCUCAACGGGGCGUCGGCGGGGAACCACGUGGGGCGGACGUCGCGGUACGAGGACGCGGGGCUGUUCACCAUCACGAAGUGGUCGUGCGGCAUGUACUGCCUCGGCGGCUUCGAGGACGGCGUCAGCUACGCGUGCCCGAGCGAGACGCCGUCCAUCACGUUCACCCAGGACCGGCAGGCUUGUACUCCUGUCGAGAUCGUCGAGGUCCCCUGCGACGUCCACUCCGUCGAGAACAAUUGCAUGUGGGAGAAGACGCCGGGGUCUUGCGGCCCCGGGACGAGCGGGAGCUGUCAUUGCCCUAAGGGCUGGGGGCUACCGAGGCACGAGUAUCUGGCCGUGCAGUGAGUGAGUGAGUGAGAUACGAUAGGGUGAGGUGAUAUGAG